AAAUGUAUUUAUACUGAAAAUUGUAUUUUCCCGGCGAAUCCCAUCGGCGUAUGCAAAUAUAUAGUUUCUCCGGUACCGUUUUGGCCGGAAUUUUUUUCUUCCGAUGGAGUAUAUAUUGAAUACGUUGACGAAGAAGGUAGAAGUAGAUUCGAUAAUAAAGGACACAAUUGACAAAGUGCUCGUCCUCCGUUUUGGCCGAUCGUCCGAUCCUCUUUCUCUACAGCUCGAUGACAUCCUGUGUAAAUCUGUGAGAGAGGUGUCCAAGUUUGCAACUGUGGCCUUAGUGGAUAUUGAUUCAGAGGACGUUCAAGUUUAUGUCAAGUAUUUUGACAUAACCUUAGCACCAUCGAUCGUUUUCUUCUUCAAUGCUCAUCAUAUGAAGAUGGAUUCUGGGAGUGCAGAUCACACCAAGUGGGUUGGAGCAUUUCAGAGAAAACAAGACUUCAUUGAUGUUGUAGAGGCAAUAUUUAGAGGGGCCAUGAAAGGCAAGCUCAUAGUGACUUGUCCCCUUCCCCCAGAGAGAAUACCAAAGUUUCAGUUGCUAUACAAAGAUGUUUAGCAGUUGGUUGAUCGCUGAACUGGAGGAGAAAACUGCUCAUCUUGAAAGCUAUUGUUUCUGGAUGAUUAUAGUGACCAUUACUUAUCCGUAGCAUGAAGUUGAGUGAGUUGUGGAUUUUGAUACUUUAAUAUCAACGCGAGAAAGAGGAUCGUGGCAGACUGAUGUAGUAACAGGUCUCUUAUUGAAUUAAUGUAGAAUCAAGAUAUUUUUCUCUUGGAUAUCUUAGCUGCGAGAUAACCUGUGAUCUGUAGCAAUCAGAAACAUCAGUGUAUGAUGGGGUGAAACAAUGUAAGUGAUGAACCUAAAGAACCUUUCUCCAAUGCUAGUAAUAUUGUCAUCAAAACAGAUAUUGAAGAAGAAACAUCUUUGCUUC